AUGAAAAAGUUCUUCAAAUCAAAGGAGGCGGGGACCAUCACUCCCCUGCCUCCUACCAGCCCUGCUGCACCCAGCAGCUACUCGUUUGGCACACCACGCCUCUUUGACGAGUAUCAGGCCAGAGUCGCAUCGCAGUCGACAGAAUCGCGUCGACCAUUGUCUCUUCAACCCCCUACUUCCAACUCGUCACGACCACCACCACGCGACUCUUCUGACGAUCUUGGCUAUGCGCACGCCUAUUCGUCACCACCACUGUCUUCUUCUUCCUCGCGGCAGCGUCACAGUCAGCAGAUGGGCGCUUCGCCUCGCAAGAAGCGCUUCUCAACUCAGGUAGCAGACACGACGGUGUACGAAUCGUACUCCGAUCCCAACUCACAUUCGCAACCGUACCGUCCAUCCUACGAUAGCAACCACGCCGCAGACUACGACGAUUUUCGGUUACAGCCUUCGCUGUCGCAACCCCCAUUGCAUGCAAAUGCGAGACUGUCCUUCCAGCAGCAGCAGCAGCCAGCGUCUGGAAUCGCGGCUUUCUCUCCACCAAAGUCACUGCGUCCGGCUCAACCGCCUGCUCAUCACCGUCGCGAUAACUCGUUGAACAUGGGUAUCAUUACGGGUGCCGCUCACCAGAAUGGCAGCGCCGAUCUCAGCUACGCGCGUUACCCGCCAGCCAAUGUUGCAUCUACAGACGCUACUUGGCCAGUGCCGCAUCAGCGGAGAUCGGAGGACUCUGAUGAUGCAGAUCACACUCGUCACAAUGACGGCGAUGAUGAUGGCGCGGAUGCGGACGUAGACGGACGUACGCCCACUGCGAGUAGUGCCUCACGCUCUGCAGCCUAUCCCGUCUACUCGGGUGCGGACGGUGAUGAGGACGCUAAUGGUGAGGUGCUCAUCUCUCACGGCCGCUAUGAAGAGCCACACCCACGCGAGCUUGAUGGCAAAGACAAGGUCAAGGCAAAAAAGCUUUUUGGAUUCGCCACGAUCAGCAACAAGGACAAGAAAGCAAAGCAGGACCGAGACAGGGCCGCUCCAUCGCCUUCGCCCGUACCUCGCGCCAGCCGUGAUCGCGACGAUGCGCGACUCAUGGCUCCUCUCGUGGAAUUGCGCUCCCUCUCGGCUCAGGACCGCAAUAAAGAGGGAUGGAUGGAUCGUUGGAACAAGCGAGCGCAUCACCAUCAGGCAGCUCGAGUGCAGGACAAAGAAGCAGAAGAGAUUGCCGGCUCCCGCAUCGGAUGGCUCUGCGCCAAUGCAUACAGCGAACACGACUGGAUGCACAUCUUGCCACUCAUCGACAUGGUAGGCCACUCGGAGGCCGCGAGCAAAGAGGCCGCGCGCGCGCUUCGUAAAGAGUUCAAGUAUGGGAGUGUCGAUUCGCAACGGAGGGCCGUGCGCGUCUGGGCGCUGCUGACGUUGAAUGGGAGCGAUCGGUUUCGGUUGCAAGUUGCCAGUAAAAGGUUUUUGGAGGCAAUCGAGGAGACGGUUGCGAGUCCUAAGACGCCGUUGAGUGUCAAGGAGACCAUGCUGAGGGUGUUGGGGGUAUUGGCAUUCGAGUUUAGGGGUGACGCCGAAUUGGUUAGUGUGACCAAAUGUUGGAAUAAGGUCAAGCCGAGCGAUCGGCGGAAGGAUGGGGAGCCGUUGGAAGACGAUUUGUUCGAAUUCAGGUUGCCGCAGCCACGGACGACAUCCGCACAGCAACAGCAGCAGCCGCCAUCGCGCCAUGCUUCGCAGCGUCGUUCGCAGCCGCCUCGACACCCAGUGGCGCUCAACGAUACCAUGUUCGACGCAACACCACUUCUGCAACAUCAGCAACCACUCUGUCCGCGCGCACCGCCACCCAUGCCUGCAUCGCUCCAACUGCAAGCGCAACCACCUCUACGCCAACCUCAGCAGCCUCAGCAGCAGCAUGAGCAACCGUGGUUGCUAUCAACGCUGCCCGCUCCCAACCUCGAUCCUCACCCCCAUACUGCGUUCGGCACACUACCCUCCUCCAUGCCUGUCGAGCAACAACCGACCAACGGCAGCACCACCACCACUCCGGCAGACAUCGUCUCGAACCUGGAAGCGGCUGCAGCGUCGAUGGACUCCCGCUCGGCGUCGUACCGCUCGUCGUCGGCCGAUGAUUCUCUACACCACCACCAGGACGUGGUGACUUUCGAUGAAGACGUUCGGCGCUUGCACGAGGAGUGCCAGAUUGCACGGAGCAAUGCCGCCGUGCUGUUGGAUACGCUGCUGCACGAAGGGCUGCAUCCGGACACUGCGGAGCUGGUCGACGAGUUUUACGGGAAGGUGGUACGGUCGCAAGAGCUGAUUUCGUCACAAAUUGGGUGGGCUUCGGCGCAGGCGGAUCGGUCGCGGCUUGCAAUAGGGGCGGCGGAAAGGGAGACGGGCGAGGAAGCGCUUCUUGCGGAUCUACUGGAAGCGCAUGGCCGGACGAGCGAGGCCGUGAGAGUCGUGGAGGAUGCAAGGAGGCGCAUAGAAGAAGAGGAAGCAGAGAGGAGGGUGACGGAGAGGAGCAAGGUCGAGGUGAGGUUGGUUCGGUCAGCACUCGUGCAAGAUGCGGCUGGAGACGUGUACGAUUUGGGCAGGGGCAGAGGCGGAGGAGGAGGAGGGCUACUAGGUGCGGAUCGGGAGAUGAACCACGCUUCGGGGUCCAGAUCGCCCUCGCCUUAUGCUGCGAUUAUUCCUGCUCGGGCCGCAGCUUCGGCGUUGAGUCCGAACGCAGCUUUCUCCCCACCUUCGAACGGUGCUGCUGUGGGUUAUGGCGGCGUGCCACCGCGAAUCUCCCGCCCUCUACCGGUGCCCCGGUCAGACCAGUCGUCGGAUUCCAACAACAGCACCCAUUCGUUUGCCGCUCCUCCCGCGGGCAACAGUCUGACAGCUUCGAGCCACUCUACCCAUUCCAACACAUCGACCCACUCGCUCAAUCCUGUGCCCAGUGGAGGCGGGUCUGGGGGUCGAUCGCCCCUGCCGCUCACACCGACCCUCAACAUUGACAUCAAGCAACAGCAGAAGGAGGCUGGCUCUUCCCAGGACGAGGACGAGGACGAGCUGCAGACCCCGGUAGUUCCAAGUGCCAAGGCGUUGGGCAAGCGCAGGGCGGUGAGUGUGCGGUAUCCAACGCCUCCGGGAACCAGGGAGGCGCCGCCACCGCAGCUGCCGCCGCUUCCGCCGGGGAGCGCGGGUACGAGAGAUGUGGUAAAUGGAGUGGGUGGGUUGAAGUUAACGUAG